UUUACUCGCGGGGUACCGGGGCGCACGGGCAGCAGCUGCCGGCCGCAGUCCGCUGGCGUGUCCGCUGCUCUCCGCGGGCUUUGGCUGCCGCUUGGCAAGCUCCUCUCGAAAGUCGUGUUCCCUUUCAGUGUCUCGCUGUUCAAACUGCCCCUAACGUGAGGGAUGCGUAUUGGCCUUUUCUGUAUUUGUAAGCUUUGAACGCGAGCCCUUUUCCCCUCACUCGGGCCCGUGGGGGCUGCAGUUGCUCGGGUGCCUUUUGGGCUGCUCGCUCCCGUCUGUUGUGAGUUUGGGUUCUAAAGGGGAGCGUGACAGGAGAGCUGGAGAGCACGGUCCAGCAGGGCUGCUCAGGUCCUGGGUCACACCUCAGGUGCGUUAGGGGUUCCCUUAGGGUCUCCGGGGCUGUGCCUGAACCCUGUACAAUUGUACUUAGGCAUGAGAAGAGCUGUUCUCCUCUGAGGCUGUGGCUGCCCACCCCAGGGGCACGGUCCUGCAGAGGGAUGGCAGCUCCAGGGGCCUGUCCUGCUUGUGCCUUGGAAUUUCCAUUCAGCAAGUAUGGGAAGCACUUGAGAGGCUCCGAGGGGCUGUACAUGGUGAAUGGGCCCCCCAGCUUCACCGAGAGCGUGGCAUUCCAAAGGGAUUCUGGAAAAAAUUGCAAAGCUGUUGCUUUUAGCAAGGACGGCUCCCUCUUUGCCUGGUGCAAUGGAGAAAAAGUCAAUGUUGUUAAUGUCACCAGAGCUGAGUUACUGCAUUCCUUUGAUCUCCCAAAGACUGUUUGCCUUGAAUUCUCGCCAAAGAAUAACGUUCUGGCAACGUGGCAGGCCUAUGCAACUGCUAAGGAUGGCACAGCAGGAGUGCCCAACCUGCAGCUCCAUGAUCUGAGAACUGGAAAAUGCUUAAAGUCUUUUGUGCAGAAAAAGAUGCAGAACUGGUGUCCUUGCUGGGCAGAUGAUGAAAGCAUUUGUGCCAGAAAUGUGAACAAUGAAGUGCACUUCUUUGAAAACAACAACUUCAAUACCAUUGCAAACAAGCUGCAUUUGCAGAAGGUCAGUGAUUUCGUGUUGUCCCCAGGAGCACAGCCAACCAAGGUUGCUGUUUAUGUCCCAGGCAGCAAAGGUGCUCCAUCCUUUGUCAGGCUCUACCAGUACCCCAACUUCGGGGGCCCGCAGUCAGCACUAGCCAACAAAAGCUUCUUUAAAGCUGACAAGGUGACAAUGCUAUGGAACAAAAAAGCCACGGCCGUGCUGGUGGUUGCCAGCACCGAGGUGGACAAGAGCGGCGCCUCCUACUACGGCGAGCAGACGCUGCACUACGUGGCAGCCAGCGGGGAGAGCGCCGUGGUGCAGCUGCCCAAAAAUGGCCCUAUUUACGAUGUUGCCUGGAGCCCCAAUUCUGUCGAGUUCUGUGCCGUGUACGGUUUCAUGCCUGCCAAAGCCACGGUUUUUAACCUGAAAUGUGACCCCGUGUUUGAUUUUGGCACCGGGCCUCGCAAUGCUGCCUACUAUAGCCCCCACGGACACAUCCUGGUGCUGGCAGGGUUUGGGAACCUCAGGGGACAGAUGGAAGUGUGGGACGUUAAGAACUACAAGCUGAUUUCCAAGCCGGUGGCCUCGGACUCCACGUACUUCGCUUGGUGUCCCGACGGGGAGCACAUCGUGACGGCCACCUGCGCCCCCCGGCUGCGCGUCGGCAACGGCUACAAGAUCUGGCACUACACGGGCUCCGUGCUGCACUCGUACGAGGUGCCGGCCGACGAGGAGAUGUGGCAGGUGUUCUGGCAGCCCUUCCAGGACGGCGUGUUCCCGGAGAGGGCCGUGAGGUACCAGGCGGUCCCCGGCGAGCUGCCGCGCGCCCAGCCCAGCCCCGCGCAGGCGUACCGCCCGCCCGCCCUGCGCAACAGACCCGUCUCGAGCUCCAAGCUGCAUGAAGAUGAGCCACCCCAGAACAUGAAACCCCAGCUGGGAGGCAUUGAUAAGCCAGUGUCUAAAACAGCUCUCAAAAAUCAGAGGAAACAUGAAGCUAAGAAAGCUGCUAAACAGGAGGCCAAAGCUGAUGCACACCAAGGCCCUGCCCAGGUCAGAGCCCCACAGAAUAUCCUGCAGAACACUGUGCCAGCCAUGACCACGGGAGAUCCUGAAGUGGACAAGAAGAUCAAGAAUUUGAAAAAGAAACUAAAGGCAAUUGAGCAGCUGAAAGAACAGGCAGCUGCUGGCAAACAGCUGGAGAAGAAUCAGGUGGAGAAGAUUCAGAAAGAAGCUGCUCUCCUUAAGGAACUGGAAGACCUAGAACUAGGUGUUUAAAUCUUCCUCUAGCUCCAGUGUGGUGCUAACACAAAGUUCAUGCAAAAUGUAGUUUUGUUAAACAUUUCAGCAAAUGACCAAGGGUUCGACAGUCCACAGAUUUGCUGCUCAUUUGCCUUUAAAAGAGUUUUCCUAAGGAUUCGUGCACAUGAAGCUGUGAGCAAAUGACGAGUAUCCAUCAGCCAGUUGUGCUGCUGUUCCAUCGAGAAAUGUGCUCCUUUUCUGAGAACAUACUGCCUAAACCAGAUUGUUUUUCCUUAUUUGGGUGGGAGAAGGGAAGGCGACGAAGACAUUUGAUAGCUUUAUGAUAUUUAAAAGAGAUGGGAUCUUUAUGCGAUGACGGGCUGUAGAUAAGAAUAAAGAGCGUUUAAUAACA